GAUAAAGAAUGGGUGACAAGAAGAAGAAAGCUCAGAUGUUUGUAAAACUAGUUUCUGCUGCCGGCACUGGGUUCUUCUAUGUUAAGAGGAAGCCAAGGCAAUUUACUGAGAAGCUUGAGUUUCGAAAAUUUGAUCCUAGGGUUAAUCGUCAUGUUCUGUUUACAGAGGCCAAGAUGAAGUGAUUUGGUAUCUUUUAUGGCUUCAUUUCCAUUGUAACUGGAUCAGAUCAUUCUGAUACUUCUCUUUGAAACUCUUUUCUAAUCUAGUGUUAAUUUUUUAAUCAUGCCAAUCUUUUCACUGUC